AUGUCCAAGCCAAAUAUUCUCUUGAUCGGUACUGGUGGUGUUGGUACCAUCGUUGCUUACGGUAUCCACUACGUUGGUAAAUCAAACCUCUCGGUGGUUGUUCGUCGUGAUUAUCAAAAGGUCUCCAAGGAUGGUUGGCAGAUCGAUUCUUGUGAUUACGGUCAAAUCAAGGGUUGGAAACCAGAUAACAUCUACCCAACGGUCGAAGCUGCUGCCGAAGCCCAGCCUGUCUUUGACUACGUCAUUAUCACCACUAAGAAUUUACCAGAUGUCACCAAGGUCGAAGAAUUGGCCGCUCCAGUCAUCACUCCGGAAAAGACCACCGUGAUCCUUAUGCAAAACGGUUUUGAUAUUGGUAGGCCAUUCAUUGCUAAGUAUCCGAAAAACGUGUGUAUUUCCGGGGUUUCUCACAUCGGCUCGCAUAACCACGGUGGGGCCAUCAAGCAAACCCAAAAGGACAAAUCCUUGAUUUCCUACUUCGUCAACCCAAACUUAUCCACAGAAUACCAAGAAGCCAAGACCAAAGAAUUCAUUUCCCUUUAUUCUAACGAAAAUAACAACUGUACUUACUUUGCCGAUGCCAAAUGGUACCGUUACAGAAAAUUGGUGUACAAUGCCACUUUGAACACCGUUGCUGCCCUUACUGGGGUUGAUACCGGUCGUCUUGAUCUUAGUGGUGGUUUGGCUGCGCUUUCUAUUCCUGCUAUGAGAGAAGUGAUUUCUGUUGCCAAGGCCGAUGGGGUUGAAUUACCAGAAGAUGUCAUCAACUCGGUGGUUCAUUCCGAUGAUGGUGACUGGUUCAGUCCAUCUAUGUUGGUCGAUGUUAGAAAAGGUAACCCAAUUGAAUUGGAAGUUAUCUUGGGUAAUUUGUUGGUUGUCGCCAAAGAAUUGGGUGUUGUCACCCCAACUUUGACAAUUCUUUAUGAAUUAUUGAAAGUGGUGCAAUAUAGAUUGAAAGAAGGCAAAGGAUACUUUACUGUGCCAGAAAAGAGACCAAUUUCCGACAAGUUUUACAAAUAG